ACCAGAGUAGACCGGGUUUUGCGAGUACCCUAUUGUUUUUGCGUGUGUGUCCAAAUUGUGCCAACAAACGGCAAAGUGCGUGCUGUUCUACCUCUCUGGAAUACGGUUACUAGUUUCUACUAAAACACUAUGGCCUACUCUAAUAAGUUCAUUUACGCGACGUUACCGCGAACACAGCGAGGCCAACCGAUCGUGCUCGGAGGAGAUCCGAAGGGCAAGAACUUCCUCUACACCAACGGACACUCGGUGAUUAUUCGCAACAUCGAUAAUCCCGAAAUUGCGGAUAUCUACACGGAGCACUCGUGCGCGGUGAACGUGGCCAAGUACUCGCCCAGCGGGUUCUACAUUGCGUCCGGUGAUCAGUCCGGUAAGAUCCGCAUCUGGGACACGGUCAACAAGGAGCACAUACUGAAGAAUGAGUUCCAACCGAUCGGUGGACCGAUCAAGGACAUCUCCUGGUCACCGGAUAGCCAGCGGAUCGUGAUCGUAGGCGAGGGCCGGGAGCGUUUCGGUCACGUGUUCAUGGCGGAAACGGGCACGUCCGUGGGUGAGAUAUCCGGUCAAUCGAAACCGAUCAACUCGUGUGACUUCCGGCCGACGCGUCCAUUCCGCAUCGUCACCGGCAGCGAGGACAACACGAUCGGUGUCUUCGAGGGACCGCCGUUCAAGUUCAAGAUGACGAAACAGGACCACACCCGGUUUGUGCAGGCCGUUCGGUACUCCCCGAGUGGACACCUGUUUGCGUCGGCCGGAUUCGACGGAAAGGUGUUCAUCUACGAUGGCACGACCUCGGAGUUGGUUGGCGAAGUCGGCUCACCAGCCCACAGUGGCGGUGUGUACGGGGUUGCUUGGAAGCCGGACGGCACGCAACUGCUGACGUGCUCCGGUGACAAGUCGUGCAAGCUGUGGGAUGUCGAAACGCGCACCCUGAUUAGCGAGUUCCCCAUGGGCAAUACGGUCGAUGACCAGCAGGUGUCGUGUCUCUGGCAGGGCGAGCACAUUCUGUCAGUGUCGUUGUCCGGCUUCAUCAACUACCUCGAUGUGAACAACCCUUCGAAGCCGCUGCGUGUCGUCAAGGGUCACAACAAACCGAUCACGGUCCUUACACUUAGCGACGAUCGUAGCACGAUCUACACCGGCAGCCACGAUGGGGCCGUCACGAACUGGAACUCGGGCAGCGGUACGAAUGAUCGUGUGGCGGGAGUCGGUCACGGUAACCAGAUCAAUGAUAUCCGAGCGGCUGGCGAUUUCGUUUACACGGCCGGUAUCGACGACUCGAUCAAGCAGAUCAGCGUUGAGGGCAACACGUACACCGGGGUGGAUACGAAGCUCGCUUGCCAGCCGCGCGGCAUGGACAUCCUGAAGGAGAGCAACACGAUCGUGGUCGGAUGCGUGAAGGAUCUCACGGUAGUGCAGGACAACCGGAAGGCAUCGACACUGCCCAUAAGCUACGAGUCGAGCAGCGUUAGCAUCAACACGGAAACGAUGGACGUGGCUGUUGGAGGCGAUGACAGCAAAGUGCACAUUUACUCGCUCAGCGGUGGCCAGCUAACGCACAAGCUCGACCUAGAGCAUUUGGGCCCGGUGACCGAUGUGCGCUACUCGUCCGAUAACAAGCUGCUGGUGGCCUGCGAUGCCAACAGGAAGGUGAUUCUGUACAAUGUGGCUGAGUACAAGCCCGCUCAUAACAAGGAAUGGGGCUUCCAUAACGCCAGAGUAAACUGUGUAGCCUUUUCGCCAAAUUCGGAGCUCGUAGCCAGCGGAUCGUUGGAUACGACCAUCAUCAUUUGGUUCGUGAACAGUCCGGCCAAGCAUACGAUCAUUAAAAAUGCACAUCCGCAAUCGCAAAUUACCGGGCUCGUUUGGCUGGACAACGAGACGCUCAUCUCGACCGGCCAAGACUGCAACACGAAGGUUUGGAACAUUGAGACUGUCGCCUAAGCCUCCCAACCGACCGUCCGGUGGGGUUAUUUUAGUGUGCUAAUAAUGAGAUGGGAUGGGCUGGAAGAGCCGAGGACUCGAUAGAGCAAGAGCAGGAAUACCGUACUCCCACCAACACCACCAUCCUGCAACGCGGUGCAGGACGAUGCACCACGGAUCGUAUUUAUUUCGUCCCAUCCGUUACCCUAACCGAUCCCAAAACAUUUGUGUGCUCCACACUUCUACUAACUUUGAGCGAUGCAACGAUAGAUCGAGCAGUGUUUUGAAUGUGUUUGUGUUUCUGCAAUUCCCUUCCCUUAAGCAGUAUAGUUGUUGAUUUAAUUAACAUAUUUCUACCUAGUAUUGCCGAAGAGAGCGCAAUGUACAACCGAAAGCAAGGAGUUCGUUACGGAAAGAUUUUCCUCCGGAAUCCCGGAAGUACAGGAGAAGGAAGAAAGAAGGAUCUAUGCGAGCUUGGAAUGAAAAUAAGCUGCGUUCGCGUGUGUGUUCGCAGCUUUAGCGUGGAGUGAUGUUUAGGUUUUUAUGUGUUAUCUUUUAUGACUGAUCCUACCCAUCUAUGAGUUUUGUUGUGCCUUGCGUUCCUGUCGUUUGAGAUUUUUCCUUUUUUAAGUUCAAGAAAUUUACACCGAAUUACAAUAUAAAAAAACGUGCAGGGAAUUAGAGGCUCGUACAGGGAGAUCCGAACUGGUAGCCGAACAAAGAAAUUGCAUUUAAUUUAUUACCAUUUCACCCAAACAAAAAAGUGCAAAUGAUCCCUUGGGGCGCUCUGCCUUCGCUUCCUACAUCGUGGGCAGCCAGAAAGCUAUGGACGAUAAAUUUGAUUUAAUCGGUGAUUUGCUACAACAUACAAACCAACAUUGUCUACAUAUACGAAUAUCUUUUUUUAAGCGAAUAAAAGCGAAGUUUUUCGUCAGACCGUAU